UCGGAGUAAUUAGAAUUAAAGUGGAUAGUGGAUGCACGCCAUUUGUAAAAAAUCUUAUUACAUCUGCAAGUCGGACGAAAAUUAAGAACAUGCCUCCAAAAUCGAGAUCAAAUAAAAAACGUGUUAAAAAAGGUGCGUCACCUGGAAUCACGGCGGAAAACCGCAAAGCGGUUCGAGAGCAUAUGCAAUCAAGAGCUAGAGCACAAGCCAAAAACAAAAUGUUUCUGAAAACUGUGCUCACUACUGCUCUUCAAGAUAAAAACAUCCAGAACCACAGCAGCUCCGGUCAUUUAUUUGUAUCUGUUGAUGCAAUCAAUACAUCACAGUCACUAAUGACUGAUGAUUCAUGUGACCCACUGAAUCUGUCGAUGUCAAAAACCGUCCGAAGUGUUACAUCAAAAAUUAACGUAACGCCAAGUCGCACAAUUUCGAAUUUCUCGAUACCAACAUCUACCCAGUCAUCUUCCAAAUCGGAUUCUCCUCUAAUUUCGAAAUCAAGAAAGCGAGGGAAGAUCAUCAAUUCUUCACCAGAUGUCGAACACCAGCCAUUGAAACAAAUACAUGUGGAACCUCUCCGAAAAAAAAUUGCUGAAACGAAUCCUAAAUCCCCUCUAGCAUCAACAUCAAAAGUACAGAAGUACCAUCGAAAAAAGACAAAUCCGACAUCACCGGUAAGAGAGCCAGAUUCCCAACUAUUCGCGAGUUACAAAAAACGAAAAAGGAUUGUAACCAGUAUCGCAUCACCAGAUCACGAAAACCUACCGUUGAAACAAGUGGAUUUCGGAACGCCUCUACGUACGGUUGCUCUAAGAGCUAGAGAGAAUAGAAAUCCUCAAUCACCCUUGCCAUCAUUCUCGAAAGGACAAAAGUACUAUCGGAAUUAUACAAUUGAAGAUUCCCUUGACCACUUAAAACCGAUCUCGUCGACAUCGGAAACGAACUCUCCACUUCCCGCUAUAAUUUCCUCGCCACCGGUUGCAGGAACAACUGAUCGAAGCAACCGAAGGGACCCAGAAUCACCCGUACCGUCAACCUCGGGAUUACAAAGGAAUCCAAUCAACUAUUCACUCUCAGAUAUCUCAAAUUUGAUUUCACCAUUGAGUUCUGGACCUCAACGGUGUGAUACACUGCCCGUUCAACAGUUUCAAUCACCAAAUGUAUCAAUAUCCGCUCCGCCAAGCCCCACUUUAUCACAAAAUGCUGAAGAAAAUCUGAAAAAUGACAAUAAUCUGCAAAAAAAGUAUUCUAAACAAUCUGAAAGUAUAAAACAAAUCAAGGAAAAAAAUAGAAGACUAACACUUGAGAAUGCAGAAUUAAAGGAUUUGUUGGUGCCAUGGGCAUUCAACCACUCAUCAGUUAUUAAGAGUUACGAACUUAAUUCGGCUCAACAAAUCUGAAGGAUAUUCGACUGGAGUUGCUCUUCUUGAUAUAGAGAAAGCAUUUGACAGUGUUUGGCAUGAAGGU